CGGUGUCAGCGCACCCUGCGGAGAUCUGCAUGUGCAGGGAGAAAAGGUUCUAUCUCAAACUAACUUUUCCUCUUGUGAACAUCGAGGUGGCAGUCCACUCUUGCAGUUGGGAAGAACACGGGACGUCGCGUGGACGUUUCGACAGAUUUCAGAUUCCGUGUAUCUGUAUUGAUUAUUGCACCGGCACAGCUUGGCGAGAAGUGAUUCCUCGAAGACCUGCUUUUCGCCGCUAGGACAGUGACUGCCGUAGUGUGAAGGAGGUGCCUGCCUAACACCUGGACUGAUCAUGGCGGCUAGUAAAUAUGGAAGAGUUCUCAUCCUGACCGCGAUUCUUGGGUCACUUCUUGUACAACUAACGGAUGCUCAAUAUUAUCCGUCAAACGAUCAUUCUGAUGAUGAGCUGAAGAGGUGGAAUGAUCUGCAGAAGAAGAAAUACCUCUAUGGUGCCAUCUUCGGUGCGGUUGGCUUGAUCGGCUUUGGCCUGACAAUGUGGUUAUGCCACUACUGCAGACAGCAGCAGCAUCGUCGGUCUGCACCACCGCAUGUCAGCAGUGCUGCGUGCUCCACCGCCGGUCCGUCCAAUAUGUCUCUGCAGCGAAGCGGCGCAUACCGACCGUUCCGCGACAGUGCUACGGAUGCCGAGAGUGGUGUUCGUAACCCAUUGGCUGAUGCCGACGACAUACUGGCAUUCUCACGCUCCCGGCAACCCGCCUACACGCCCACAGCACACCCAGUGACGGGAGAAAUCCCAACUGCUAUGCCUGUGCCAGGCCCUGAGACAAAUAGUGCGAGUAGUCCCACACCGAGUUCCUCCAUCUCCAUCACCGAUGAUGACGAGAGUGUGAAAGUACCCCUGAUGAAGGGAAACUGACGCUAUUGCGACUCUCCGUUCAACUCUCCGUAGCUGUAGGCACCAUAUAACCAGCCUCAUUGAAUUGAGAACACAACUGCCAUUGACUUCAAGCUGUGCCUGUCGUUAUAGGUGUUCCGAUUCUGGCUCAGCAAAGUCUUUCAAGUUGAACUAAGUUGCGUGGUUGGCUUAGCACAACACAAUUAC